AAUUUCACACUAUUUACGUUAAAACUUAACUCGGUACUAUAAAGAAAUAACUCCGUAAGAACUACACGAGUAGGCUACGCACUUUAACCACAGCAAAUGUGGAUAUGUACUCGAACAUUUUAAGGACUAAAAGCAAAUAAAAAUUAAUUGUGUUGCGUUGUGUAAGUAAACCGAAAACUACCAUUUGUGUAAUUUUUGUGUCCUUCUAGGAACUUAUUUCAAUUGCAUUAUGUUUAUGGUGGCCUCAUCAGUUGUGUCAACCAUACUUAUCCUCAAUUAUCAUCAUAGAAAUCCAGAUACGCAUGAAAUGAGUGAAUGGAUAAGAGUAAUAUUCCUUUAUUGGUUACCUUGCAUAUUGCGCAUGCGAAGGCCGGGACAGGUUGGCUACGAAUGCCCACCGCCGCCCUCGUCGUCGAAUUCAUCAACUGCCGGCGAUAAAAAACAGCAAAUCCAGAAUGUAGAACUUAAGGAAAGAUCAUCGAAAUCAUUACUGGCCAACGUCUUGGAUAUUGACGAUGAUUUCCGUUGUAAUCAUCGGUGCGCAAGCGCAACCUUACCGCACCAACCUACUUACUAUAGAGCCAUGUACAGACAAGGCGAUGAUGGCAGUGUUGGUCCUGUGGGUCCUGUUAGUGAUGGCAGAAUGCACGAAGCAAUUUCGCACACGUGUCUCAGCUCGUCAGCUGAGUAUGAGUUAGCAUUAAUUUUGAAGGAGUUGCGAUGGAUAACAGACCAGCUCAAAAAAGAAGACGAAACAGGAGAUAUCACACGCGAUUGGAAAUUUGCCGCAAUGGUGGUCGAUCGUUUGUGCCUUAUUAUUUUUACGCUCUUCACAAUAAUCGCAACGUUAGCAGUUCUCUUCUCAGCACCUCAUUUUAUUUUUCCGUAACUCGAUGCCGCUGCUGUUGUUGCAACUUUAUGCGUUUACAUGCAAACUACAAAGAAGGAC